UAGAAUUGUGACCAGGAAUCAUAACAAACCAAAUUAACUCUCGAUGAUAAGCAAACUAAACAACCUUACUCAUAUUUUUUAAUAUUAUUUUGAGAACAUUUUUUAAUUAGUUUUAAAUACUUUUAAUAGAUUCGACAUUUAUUUUCGGCUGCCACUUGAGUACAUUCCAACUUCUGAGAUACUACUAACAUAAGGAUAAAGUAUCCAUGGAAUACGACGUUCGAGUGCUGCGGGGACACCUGAGAUCGGUGUACGACUGCGCAUGGAAUCCGAGCUGGGAUCGGAAUCUUCUGGCCAGCGUUUCGGAGGACGGCACUGCCAGGAUUUGGGACACAUCCAAAGGGAGUGUCGAUCACCCGGUGCUGCGCCACUGCAUCCAGAAGGACGGCGUCGAGGUGCCUAGCAACAAGGACGUCACCUGUCUGGACUGGAAUUGUGUUGGUUCUUUGCUAGCCACCGGAAGUAAUGAUGGAUGUGUCCGGAUUUGGAAAACGGACGGGCGUCUGGUCUCUACUCUUCACCAACAGAAGGGUCCAAUAUUUUCGGUGAAAUGGAGCAAGUGCGGCAACUACAUACUUACAGCGGGCUACGAUCAGACUACGAUCAUCUGGGACACAACCACUGGUCAGAGCAUUCAGCAAUUCGCUGUUCAUAAUGAUGUAGUCCUCUAUGCGGAUUGGCAGACAAAUACGACCUUCGCAUCGUGUGGUGCGGAUCAUCGCAUUCAUGUGUGCCGGCUGGGAGAGAAUGAAGACAUCAGAACUUUCGCAGAACAUAGCGAUGCUGUAAAUGUGGUCAAAUGGUGUCCACAGGGCCAGUUGCUGGCCUCUUGCUCCGAUGACAACACCGUAAAGAUCUGGAGCAUGAGCCGCGAUCGCUGCUGCCACGAUCUCCACGGGCACUUAAAGGCAGUACAUAUGAUUAAGUGGUCGGCCACGGGGUUGGGAACUAGUAAUCCCAACGCGAGACUGAUGCUCGCCUCUGCCUCCUUCGAUUCCACGGUGCGGCUAUGGGACGUGGAAGGAGGCAGUUGCAUCCACACACUUAGAGGGCACACGGAGCCGGUAUACUCGGUGGACUUCAGUCCAGAUGGCAGGCAUCUGGCCUCCGCCGGCGAAGACAAGUUCGUCCAUAUCUGGAGCACACAGUCUGGUCAGCUGCUGCACAGCUACAAUGCUACUAGCAGGAUGUAUGAAGUCCAAUGGAACGCUAAGGGCACUAUGGUGGCCGCUGGUGCCUCCGAUGGCAGUGUUAUCAUCCUAAAUCUCCGUUCUAUGGGAAUAAUUAAAAAUCAUGUUGAGUGACCAU